GGCGGAGCCCUCGGCGGCCCCGCCCGCGGUGCCUCCCCGCUCGGCCCCCCGGAAACAGCGCCGCGUUCCGCCGGGCCGCCAUGGAGGAGCAGGAGGCGUGGAUGGAGCGGGCCUUCAACAUGGCUCAGGAGGCGCUGGAAGCAGGGGAGGUGCCCGUCGGCUGCCUGCUGGUGUACGACGGAGAGGCGAUCGGGAAGGGCAGGAACGAGGUGAACGAGACCAAGAAUGCUACUCGACAUGCAGAAAUGGUGGCGAUUGAUCAGGUCCUUGAGUGGUGUCAGCAACACAAGAAGGAUCACGAGGAAGUGUUUUCACACUCAGUAUUGUAUGUAACGGUAGAGCCUUGCAUCAUGUGUGCGGCUGCCCUGCGCUUGAUGAAAAUUCCACGAGUUGUGUAUGGCUGUCGAAAUGAGCGAUUUGGAGGUUGUGGCUCAGUUUUGAGCAUCUCCUCUGAUGAUAUCGUAGACACGGGAGAACCAUUUGAAUGCAUCGCUGGCUAUCGUGCCAAUGACGCAGUGGAGAUGUUAAAAGCUUUCUACAGACAAGAAAAUCCCAAUGCACCAAAAUCAAAAGUACGGAAGAAGGACAAUCGUAAAUAGUCCUGUGGUGACGUGAGUUAGAGGUGUACAAAAACACGAUGCGUGAAGUUUUCUUCAGUGGGUUUCUUUCUGAGAACGUACUACAGUCAAAUAAAACUAUAUUAAAUACAUUCUGUAAAGCUUUUUAACUAAUGAGAUGCUGCAUCUCUAUAUACGUCUGUGAUUUCCUGUUAUCAUACAUUCCCAAGCAGAAGAAUAAGUGACUGUUCAUGAGGGAGAGGAAAAUUCAUGGUCCAGGUUGUGUUGUUUACAGACAGAUGGAUCCAUUAUAAUGAUGCCGUUCUGCACACACAUUCUAGCGUAUUUUCUUCUGCUCUGCCUGGAGAAGCAUCUUGCUUUUCAAUAGCAAACGUUUGCUCAGGCAUGUAAGUAAAUCUCUUGGAAGGUUACAUCUGUAAGACCUGCACUGUUCUUGUAUGUAGGUUGAAUCAAAAGACAUAUAAGACACAGGAUGGUCCUUCAGGAUUUCAGAUCAGAUAUUGUAGCUGUUCUUUUUUGAACACUCCCUCUGGCAUAUACCAGGUUUUCAAACAAGUUCUAGAAGUGAUACAGACUACAGAAACGUGCGUAAUUGCAUGUCUCCAUUUGUAUAUGCUAUUGCUAAUGAUCAUAAACAAGUACCAUUUGGCUUUUCAGAAAGCAGUGUUUUCAUACAAAGUUGCAGAAGAUGUGAAACCUGUCAUGAAUAUUGGGAUAAGAAAUGCUUUUUUGUCAAGAAUCCUUUAAGAAGUUGGAGUUAUUCCCAGCUACUAAGUUGUAGUAACUGAAAUGGGCAGAUACGUAGGAAAACAAGAACGUGAAACUGGAAAUAGUAUGAAUAAAAUGUCUGUGAGAUACUGUA